UUCACAGUGCAAACACAUAGAGAGCCAGUCAACUACUCAAUCUCACAUUCACGUUAGAGAAAUUGAGAGAGAGAGACGUGCGGACAGAAGCUGAGCAGUAGCCGAACAUUGAGCUGGAGCUGUUAAAACAAUUAUUUAUAUGCUAUUAUUAAUAUUUCUAUGCUGUUUUAAUGUGUGUGCUUGAGUGGAACUGGACGGGAAUUUGGAUUUAAUAUCGGGUAUGAUGCUCAACUGACAUAAACAUGGACUGGACUACGUGGAUGUUUUUGGUCGCUUUAACAAACGUCCCAGUCUACGUAGCAGGUGAACCACUCCAGUUAAAUGUGACGUUAGACAUAUGGGAGGGAAACGUAAUUGUGCUAUGGGAUCCCCCUGAAGGAGCCCCCGCAUAUGCCCUUUAUCAAGUAAAGACAGCACUAUAUUUGCAUCCUGAUGCUGAAUGGAACAUUGUGCCAGAGUGUAACAUGAUCACAGAAACUAGAUGUGAACUUGGGAACUUGUUAUACAAACAGUUUAUGAAAAUAAAGAUCGGACUGUUUGAUGGAAACAGCGACUUUUCCUGGUCAGCAGGAAAGCGGAUCCGUUUAUACGAGAGCAAAUUGUUGGCUCCAGAGUUUGACCUGUCUUCCUCCCCCGGAACGGUGAAGGUUAAGAUUUACAGAAAGCCAUUUCUCAAUGAACUUUUUGAAUAUGGACCGAUUUACUCAGUCAUUUUGUACCCGAAAGGACAGGAGAGUCAGGCUUUAACAGUAAAUGAUGAUGAUGAAGAUGGAGAGGUGGAGUUCACUACAUUACUGUUAUGGCAGGAGUAUUGUGUCCGUGUGAAGGUGGAGAUGAUGUCUAAUGAUGUGAGCAACACCUCAUUGCCGCACUGCAUAUAUACAUCAGAAGACACGUCCCUGGUGAUCUCCAUGGCCAUUAUCGGAGUAGUUGGAGUCAUGUCCUUCUUCAUAUUCGCAGUCUGUUUCUUUCUGAAGCGUCCUGGUAAAAUGCCCACUGUUCUGAAAUCUGCUGUGCAUGUAUGGAACCCUAUGAAUGUAGGAUUGAUCCAAGUGGAAACAGUCACUGAUAAGGGAUGGCUCCUGACUAGCAACAAAACAGCAGGAAAGGUUAAAGCAUUUGAUGAGAACAAGGACCUUUUGGAGGAGGACAAAGAGAGAAGGGAGAGUACAGACAGUGGAGUGAGUGUCGGCCAGCAGCAUUCGAUUAAGAACCGAGGCACAGAUGGACUUACAGGACAGGAAGAUAGCGGCUGUGGGAGUCUGACAGGCACAGAGGACAGUCUCAGCAGUGGAAGAAGAAGCCUGGAAGAGCUCCCUUUUCUAGAUGGUGAAGUAAAUGAAAGUGAAAGAAAAGAGGACAGUGGCUUGGGAAUGGGAAACCAGGAUGCUUCCGACAGUCUCAAGGAAACAGACGGUGACCUCCUUUCUGAGAUAGUAAUAGUUGGGGAUGGAUAUCGUAGUCAGAGUCCUUCAGCUGAUGCUGAAAGUGAAACCAAGAUCCCAUGUGACAUAGACGCUAACAUGGCCUGCCCUAGCAGUGGCUAUCGGUCUGGUCAUGUGACGUGCUCGUGUUCUGACAUUGAAACUUGCAUGUGGUGCAGAACCAGGAAGCUUCUAACAGACAGUGAUUCAUUGUCUCAUGAGCAAACUAGCUGUACUUUUGCAACCGAUACUGACAAUGACAGAUCGAGCUAUUUGAACACAUCACCUUUACAGUCCGUGAAUGUAUCAGGAUUGGAAGAUUCGUCAAACGAGAACUGCGGCGAGUCGUCUCUUUUUAUCAGCUGCCCGCUACUUCUACAAGAACCUUGCCAGCUGGACACUUUACCUCUUAAAUUAGGAGAUGUGGAACUGACAUUCACGUGAGACGUGAGACUCUGUCAUGAAUGUGAAAGCUCUGAACAAAGCGUAUCUGCUGUUUGUCCAGCCGGCGUUUAUUUCUCGCAUAGAUGCUAAAUAUGGCUGUGUCGCUCAUACUGGACUAUCAGAUGUGGGACUGCCCCUCUGUGACUUCCUGCAAGCACUGGGUGAUCUAUAUGCUGUUUCACCUAUAUGCUGUCAUAGAGAAGACAGUCGAGCUUCUACUUAAGUGACCAAGAGUGUGACCAAGAGUGAGAUACUAUCGGAAUAUGAUAAUGAUGAUGCUGAGUCUAAUCUCUUGUAUCUCCCUCACCAUUGAGCAGUGCUACAGAAGCUUCCUUAAAGAACCUUUAAAUGAUAAGUUCUUGAUAGUCGCUUCUAGAAGAACCUUUAAUAUCCAUGGAAGCCUUCAACUGCGCAAAAGAAAGUAAAAAGAAAGUAAACCAUUGUUCUUCUGAAAACCUUUAUAUUUCGGAGUGUAGUGUGAAGAACAUUAUAAAUAUCGGAAAGCUUUUUUCCACUAUAAAGAACCAUUUGCUCAAUGGAAUUUUUUUGUAAAUGUUAAAAGGUUCUUCGUAGGAACAACAAUGACGAUGACAGUAAAGAACCUGUACAUACACGCACGCAAAUUUGCACAUGCAUUGUACGUAUUUAUAUUUUAUGUAUGUACUGACGUUUCUGAUAUGCUGAAUAUUGAGUUGAAUGUAAUGAAAUUAUGGAAAAACUACUACUACUAAUAAAAAAUCCAUGAAUUAAAAA